AUGGACAUUCUGAUUGAUGAUGAUCCAGACUUUCACAACUCUGACCACGAUAUAUACGAUGAUGAUGAUAUUUUGUUUGAUUGUAACGUUACCGAAGGGAUCGAAAUGGAUAUGCAUAGAGCGCUACAUGAUGAAGAAGCCCUAGAAGUAGAUAGCUCGUCGAAUGUAUCUUCUGAAGAACUAAAAUUUGGUAAUGGUUCGGACUUGGAGGAAAACAACGGUACACAUAAUUUUCCUGAAUAUUUUCCUCAAAAUGAAAACAGAAAUCCACGUCUUGAGAUACGAUUAUUUGUUGAUGGUUGUCCAUGGAUGUUGUGGGCGUCUAAGCUACAAGGUGAAGACACAGUACAAAUAAAAACAUAUGACCCUAAACAUACUUGCUUGAGAACUAGAGUGAGAAAGGAUUUGGGAGUGUAUAUUACAAAAUCAGUUGCAUGGAAUGUUAGGAAAUAUGCAAAAGUUUUAAUAUCAGGAAAUGACGCAUUACAAUUUGAGAAGUUAGGUAGUUAUGCCGAGGAAUUGAGGAGAACAAAUUCUGUUUCUACUGUGAUCAUUGCUCAUGUCGAAAAUGUGUUUAGGGGUAUUUAUAUUUACAUAGAGGCGUGUAAGAGGGGUUUUCUGCUGGGGUGUAGGCAUUGUGUCAGUAUAGAUGGAUGUUUUUUGAAAGGAAAAUAUGAUGGGCAACUUCUAGCAACAAUUGGGGUAGACACCAACGAUCGUAUAUAUCCAAUAGCAUAUGCCACUGUUGAAAAAGUGAACACCAGUUCAUGGCGAUGGUUUGUGAUGUUGUCUGAAGACCUAGCUAUGGAGAAUAGGUUAUCCAUUACCUUCAUGAGUGAUAGACAAAAAGGAUUAUUUAAUGUUGUGGCGAAUUUGUUUCCAAAAGCAGAACAUCGAUUCUGUGUUAGGCACAUGUAUCAGAAUUUUUUUAGGAGUGGCUUCAACGGUAAAAAUUUGAAGGAUUGUUUAUGGGGUGCUGCAAAGUCAAGCCAUUUGGGAUCUUUCAAGUAUUGGAUGUCGAAGAUUGAAAGUGCUAACGAGAAGGCGUAUGGAUGGCUGAUGAAAAAAUUACCGAGUGAGUGGAGCAGAUCUCACUUCUUUGAUCAAUCGAAGUGUGAAAUGUUUCUUAAUAACCUGUGUGAGUGCUUCAACAGCUUCGUCCUAGAAGACAAAGACAAAUCCGUACUCACCAUGGAAUUUGUAGUCGAUAUGGAGAAUCAAACUUGCACAUGUAGAAGAUGGCAGAUAUCUGGGAUUCCGUGUCUACAUGUGAUUGCAUGCAUCUUGGAUAAAGGUCACGACAUAGAUGUUUAUGUUUUAGAAUUGUUUAAGGUUGAAACAUACAUGGCGACGUAUAAAAAUGUUAUAAACCCCAUCAAAGGAAAAGAGUUGUGGCCUGAAUCUAAUAUUCUUAUGCUACCUCCACCAUGCUUAUAUUACUAUUUUCACAUUUGUCAAGAAGUUCAACAACUUGGAGUUGGAGCUGGAUGUUUUGAGGGGCUAGAAUGCAGCCUAUAA